CGGAGCGGCAGCCCGGGGCCCAGUCUGGGUGGCGAUGGCGGCAGCAGCUGUGGCGGCGGCGACUGUCCCCGCGCAGACAACGGGCGCGGAUGGCGCAUCCUCGGUGCAUUGGUUCCGCAAAGGGCUGCGACUCCACGACAACCCCGCGCUGCUAGCGGCCGUGCGCGGGGCGCGCUGUGUACGCUGCGUCUACAUCCUUGACCCGUGGUUUGCGGCCUCCUCGUCUGUGGGCAUCAACCGAUGGAGGUUCCUACUGCAGUCUCUGGAAGAUCUGGACACGAGCUUAAGAAAGCUGAACUCCCGCCUGUUUGUAGUCCGGGGCCAGCCAGCUGAUGUGUUCCCAAGGCUCUUCAAGGAAUGGGGGGUGACCCGCUUGACCUUUGAAUAUGACUCUGAACCCUUUGGGAAGGAACGGGAUGCGGCCAUUAUGAAGAUGGCCAAGGAAGCUGGAGUGGAGGUAGUGACGGAGAACUCUCACACUCUCUAUGACCUGGACAGAAUCAUCGACCUGAAUGGGCAGAAACCACCCCUUACCUACAAGCGCUUUCAGGCCAUCAUCAGCCGCAUGGAGCUGCCCAAGAAGCCAGUCGGCGCUGUGAGCAGCCAGCAGAUGGAGAGCUGUAGAGCCGAGAUCCGGGAGAACCACGAUGACACCUAUGGCGUGCCUUCCCUGGAGGAACUGGGGUUCCCCACGGAAGGACUUGGCCCAGCUGUCUGGCAAGGAGGAGAGACAGAAGCUCUAGCCCGCCUGGAUAAGCAUUUGGAACGGAAGGCCUGGGUUGCCAACUAUGAGAGACCUCGGAUGAAUGCCAAUUCCUUGCUGGCUAGCCCCACAGGCCUCAGCCCCUACCUGCGCUUCGGAUGCCUCUCCUGCCGCCUCUUCUACUACCGCCUGUGGGACUUGUAUAAGAAGGUGAAGAAGAACAGCACGCCCCCCCUCUCCUUGUUUGGACAACUCCUAUGGCGAGAGUUCUUCUACACAGCGGCCACCAAUAACCCCAGGUUUGACCGAAUGGAGGGGAACCCCAUCUGCAUCCAGAUCCCCUGGGACCGCAACCCUGAAGCCCUGGCCAAGUGGGCCGAGGGCAAGACAGGCUUCCCUUGGAUUGACGCCAUCAUGACCCAACUGAGGCAGGAGGGCUGGAUCCACCACCUGGCCCGGCACGCCGUGGCCUGCUUCCUCACCCGCGGGGACCUCUGGGUCAGCUGGGAGAGCGGGGUCCGGGUAUUUGAUGAGCUACUCCUGGAUGCAGAUUUUAGUGUGAACGCGGGCAGCUGGAUGUGGCUGUCCUGCAGCGCUUUCUUCCAACAGUUCUUCCAUUGCUACUGCCCUGUGGGCUUCGGCCGACGCACAGACCCCAGUGGGGACUACAUUCGGCGAUACCUGCCCAAAUUGAAAGGGUUCCCCUCUCGCUACAUCUACGAGCCCUGGAAUGCUCCUGAGUCGGUUCAGAAGGCUGCCAAAUGCAUCAUUGGCGUAGACUACCCGCGACCCAUCGUCAACCAUGCCGAGACCAGUCGGCUCAACAUCGAGCGCAUGAAACAGAUCUACCAGCAGCUGUCACGAUACCGGGGACUCUGUCUUCUGGCAUCUGUCCCUUCCUGUGUGGAAGACCUCAGUCACCCAGUGGCAGAUCCCAGCUCUAGCCAGGCUGGGAGCAUCAGCAACACAGGCCCCAGACCCGUAUCCAGUGGCCCAGCCUCCCCUAAACGCAAGCUGGAAGCAGCUGAGGAGCCUCCGGGUGAAGAAUUGAGCAAGCGGGCUAGGGUGACAGAGAUGCCUGCCCAAGAGCCACCAAGCAAGGACGCCUGAGAGUGAGUCCCUGCAGAAGGAGCUAGAGAGUCAUCGCUCCGUGACAAAGCCCGGGUGCCUGAACUGCCACGGCCUACAGAGAACCCAGUCACCAACAGACAACGGACGAGUGUAUAUGUGUGUGCAAAGGAAGGCGUGGUGUGCCGUUUGCGUGUGCAUGCAUCUGUUUGCACUCUCGUGAUCCUGAAUAUUGCCUCGGCUGAAAGAUUCUCUGGAUCAUCCUUGUCACCGGAGCUGCUUCCUCAUCUCCAGACACAGGACUAGAAACCACAGCAGUGACCUUCAGCCCAGAUCUGUUCCUGGGAGCCCCCUUUCUUGUCCCAGUAGAAAGUGGAAUUCUGGUCUCUGCCUCCCCAGACUCUCCCUCCUCCCUUCAGAUAGCUGGAGAACCACAUUUUUUGACUUUCACCUAAAGUGUGAGGUUCCAGAAGUAGCCAGAGUCCUGCUGGCUUAAAUCCCACCUCGUAACACUAGAACCUGAGCAAGCUGGAGUAGAUGCUUCCCCUUCAGACAUAACUAGCCUGGCCAGUCUUAAAUCCCAUGCCACUCGCGGACUCUUCCUUGGAUGUGUGAGACUGCAGACUGGUGUAUUGUAUGCUCAGUCCUGCCGAUCUCGGCCUCAGAUAGCAUAUCUGUCUUCAUAGGACCUUCUAGAAGCCAAGUGAGAACCUGACUCCAGUCCUCUGUCCUUUCCCUAGCAGCUAGGGCCCAGCCUCGGCCUCCCAGGAACUGUAGAAAGGCCAGGGUCAGGGCUGGUGGAGGAAACCAGGUCCCAUGGCUUAAAGGCCAUAGCUCCCCUGGCCGCAUUCCCAGGCAUAUGCUCUAGCAAGUACUGCUGCUACCCAGCCAGGCAGACUGGCCAGUCUGUUCUGCGGGCUUCCAUGGCCCACCCUGAACUAGUCAGCACCCAUACUGCUGUGUCAGCUCUUCAGGACUGGGCUUCAAGGGACUUAGACAGAGGGACCUCAUGGGGGCUGGGGCACUACUGCGGGCAGUUGGUGAAAGGUCAAAUAGAGAUUACACCUGGCACACCAUCCCCUUUCCCAGAGUGACAGUGGGAGGUUUGGCCCAGAGAAACCAAGCCUGUGUUCCAGGGGAACCUCCUCUCCCUAUGUAUGUACUAUCCUACAUACUCACGCUUCUGACCUCCUGGGGAUGCUGUUGGGUCAUGUGGAGAAAGCAGUUAUGAAAAGAAGGAUUGUGGGUAACUGAGCAAGUCUUCCUUCCACCCCUGUGGCCUGCACAUGAGCCACAGUGUAUGCGUGUGGAGUGAGUGUGUGUGUGUGUGUGUGUAUGUGUGUGUGUUCCUGUUUGGAUUUUUGUUCUCACAUGUAACAUUAAGCUGGCCUCUGUGCCCUUUCCUCUCUACCUCCCCUGUGACCUUGCUGAGCCUCAGAGUUGUUGAUGCCCUUGGCCCUGGCCUUCACUGUGUCAGACCAGAACCCAGGGCCAGGCUCCCCUCUCCUCCAGCUGUCCAGCACAUCUGACAGGCUUCUUUUUGAGAUGACCUCAGGUUUUCUCAGCAGAGAGCUGCCUUUAGUCCAACUGUUUAUGCCCAUCAUCUGACUAUAAACAGCCUGUGAUCGAGUGGAGAAGCAGCACAAGUGAUGUGUAUUUAGAACCCUGGGGUUUUUCCUCCCUGCUUCUGAGCCCCAGGCUCCGAGGAAAGAGCCAAGGGAUCUUGCUGGAGGGAAAGUAGAGUGAGCCUGGAGAGCUGGUCUGAGAGGGUCAACAGCUAGGUCCGAGUCCAGGAUUUAUUUUGCAACACCUUAAACUAUGGGGACAGUGCCCUCUGCUCUUUUGAGCAUGGCUUUCUUCUCAAGUUGACAAGAUCACCUGACGCUCCGCCUCCUUGACAUGCAGGCCCAUUUCCAGGAUAGCUUUCCAAUGAAGGAAGCAGACCACCCACCCCAGAGCUACGGAUGGAGUGGCCUAGACUGAAUGGCUGUCACAGAGCAGUGCCCCAGAGUGGGGAAGAGAUGGCCACAGGCAAGAAGCACUUUACAGUGUUCCAGGUUGCUGGGAAGGCUGUGUUUCUCCCACAGUUUGUUUGUGAAUACUCCUGUUUUAUAAAUGUCUGAUCCUGUCUGAGAAA